UUAUUUAAAAAUAUGAAUAACAAUUCAAUUUUAUAUUAAUUCUGAUUAUAUUGGAAUUUAAUUUAAUGAUUUUUAUGACAUCGGUUUUUCAAUUUAAUUUGUAAAUUAAUCAUGUUCAUUUUCAAAAUCAUUAGUUAAUUUCAUUUUUUUAAACAAUAUUGGUAACCCCCCAAAAACCAUUAAAUAAAGUAUCAUGUAAUGUAUACAAUCAACUAAAUAAAAACUAAGCCCUACUAAACUAACAGUUUAAUGAUAUGCAAUAUCUUCAAUAAAAUUGUUAAAAAUCCAUGAAGGAAUUAAAAAGCACCAACCAAUGAAAACUCUAAAAAACCUUUUUUUGAUACUUCCAGCAAACCACAUAUAAUUUUUCAUAGUUUCCUAAUAAGUAUAAGCUACUCCAAAAACAGCCCCAAUAAGCCCAUAUAGGCAAGAGGUUUAUGCAAAAGUGGGCCAAAUACCAAUAAUUUGAUAAAAAGGAAUAUUCCAAUUCAAGUUAUUUCCAUUUUUUUGGGAACAUUUUGUAUAAUUACGAACCCAAAUCACUUAAGGUAUAUCACUAAUUACAUUAACGAAAAUUAUUGUGAUAAGUUAUGAGAUUGUAAUGCUUAAAAACCAAUAAACUACAUAUUUUUUUACUAAACGGAUUUAAAUGCUUGAAUUGUGAAUUAUAUUAUCAAUAUAAUUGUCUAGAAAUUUCAAACUGAAAUAAAAGAUUUAAAAAUAUAAUAAACUUAAUAAAAAGUUGCUUAUAUAAUCUUAACCUGAUAUGUAUUUCGAAAAAGAUACACAAAAUGUAAAAAAAACCAAUAUUAUUUAUAAAAUCCUAUAUUUAGUUAAUUUACUUUAAAACUCGUCAGAAUCACGAUUAAGUAUUCUCUUUUUGAAACAGAAUACAGUAUAAAAUACUAAUAAAAAUAACAAAAAUAUACUUUUGGAUGGAUGGUUGAAAGUAUUUAGGCAUAUAGGACUUGCUACUGCAUUUAUUUAAGGAUUAUCACUUAAAGAAAUCCAAAAGGGACGAACUCCUCCAUAUAUUAUUGCUAUUAUUGAUAUUAAGUAAUCUGAAACUAAGGUCAUGUAGGCAACUUUUAUUGCUAUGAUUGAAUCUAUAGAAUAGUAAAAUAAUUAAAUAUAUGCUGUAAAUAAUAUAAAAUUAUAUUUUUGGUAAUCUAAUUUUAAUAAAAAUUGAAAUAUUUUAUUGGUUUAAUAUGUAUUUAUUUAUUCGCCUGUUUUAGGAUUUGUUUCUAGUUUUAUU